GCGGGACAGCUUGGCAACGAAGUCGCUCCAAGGACCAAGGCCGCGGCAGCCGUGCACUCGAUCGAGCAGGAUGAGCCGGAGCAGGAAGCGAUCGACGAGGAGCUCGAGGCGAUGGAAGCUCUACUCGCCGAUUUCGGCGAGGACGAGGCGGCUCCACAGGAGCCUGGCUACUUCGAGGAAGAUGAGGCGGCGGAGAUUCUGGCGAUGAUGAUCAAGGAGAAACGGAAGACCUACACCCAGUCGGCCCAGAUCAAGAAGGAUAAGGAACUGGGGCGAGGAUACCGGCAAGGCGCCGGGAAUUACCGGGAUCGAACAGGUCCGAUUCGACCGGGUACCUACAAGCUCUCCAUCGCCGAGCUGAAGCAGCGGACCCUUUGCAAACGUUGCAACAAGGUCGGACACUGGCACCGCGAGUGCCCGAAUCCGCCAGCAGCAGGAUCCCGCGAAAGCCAGAAGGAGGCCCACCUCUUGGAGAUCGACCUCGAGCCCUACGAAGAUGCCCUCUUCUGCCACUACCUCGAGGCAGGAGACCAGCCGGAAGCCCUUCAUGAGCCUGAGAGCGGGUUCGACAUUUUGUCAGGGAGCAAGGAGCCACAAGGCUACGGCAAAGGCCGUGAUAAAACGACUUACAACGCGGUCAUCCCUUGCAGCGUGGGAAGGCGGGGAUGUUACAUGAAACCUGCGGUAUUCACGGAGGGUCACAGCCGAAAUGCCCCUUUUCUCAUUUCUCUCCGGUUUUUAAUGCAGAGCGGGGCCGUGAUCAGCCUCAAAGAGGUAGCUCUGAACGUGCCCUGGCUGGAGGACAACACGGGGAGUUUGAAAUGCUCAACCUCUGCACCCAGUGCCUUCUCAAGCAAGAAGACAAGGACUGCUGUGCCUUUGCUACGCCUCCCGCCUCUGUUGCCAGCCAUGGACUGCUCUUCGCCGAAGAACAAGCGAGCCAGGGAGCAGCCCGACCCGGACCGCCUCAACACGAUCUACGUGUGCUGGCAGCGGAUGAUCUUGAAGGUCGCCGUUUGCCCCAUCGCCCAGCUGACGGUGAGCAUGUUCAAGAACUCCGUGGAUGCCUCCCUGCAGCAUGUGAAGAACCACUUGGAGGAGCUUCGUCCCGAAUCUCUUCGGGACCUUCGCGACGAGGUGAACAAGGUGCUCAACAACCGGCAGACCGAGGACCACGACAUGUACGAGCAGUUCCGCGAGUGGCGGAAGAACCGGAAAACGUCACCAAGCAGCAAGGAUGGGAGCUACGCCCUGAUCCCCGAGGAGGAGGAGUCCGAGAGCGGCUUCACCCUGACCUCCGGGUACGCCCACUUCAACCAGAAGACGGGCAGCCGCGGUCGCCGACUAAGCACUCCCUCGCCUCGGUCCCCCGGACAGCCUCCCCAAGGACCACCUACGCCACAGCCGGUGAGACAAAAACUCCCGACACGGUCUCAGAAGACUCACACGUCGACCAGCUCCGCCAAGACGAAGAACAAGAUGAUGGAGGUCGACCACGAGAAGCUGCGCGUCGAGUCCAACGCGUUGAUCACGGACAAGAAGGUGCAGCAGGAGAUCUACACCACGGCGUUCCACGUCCUCGACCCGGACACGCCGAUUUGCGACUGCCGCCAAGGAUGCAAGGUGGAGCUCAGUGCCACGACCCAGAACCCCGACAAGGUGUUCUACAACUGUGCGAACACGGAGCCACAGCGCCAGUGUGGAGUGUUCCGCUGGGCUCCUGUGCAGCCCCUCCUGGACGACAGCUUUGCGGAGAUGCGCCAUCGUUUGGCCCAGGGCUAUCCGAGGAACCUUACCUCCCGGGAGCUCCUGGUGAAGAUCCUUCAGAAGUCCUGCCCUCACCACUCGACGGUGGCCUCGGGAUCCAAUGCCUUUGUCCACCGGACACGUUGCCGGGCCUGCCAGAAGGUGAUCAACAUCGAGCGCAAGGCGAGCAGCUCGGAGAAGAUGAGCGGCAGCGAGGCGGAGAGCUUCAACCACGAGGAGUAUGCGACGUUCAUCCAAUGGAAGCGGGACCGCUACUGA